GCAAUUUAAUUUCAAAUGCUCAUAUUUCAAUAGUUAAGCAUUCUAGGGAAAUGCUUUGUAUGGAAUUAUAUGCAGUCUGCAGAUGAUUGUUGAUUGAAAGCAGCUUGUCAAAAUAGUUUUUUAACAUGUGCUAAGUUAACUAGGAGCUAUACAGUUUGUUUUGUAAGAGAUUACUAGUUUAUGAAAGUUACUUGCCAUGGUAAAGUGGUAGCUUGACUGCCAUGGCAAGUUACUAUUUGGUUAUUUCAGCUAGCUUAAAAAUUGCUUUUAACAAUAAUGCUUCAUCAACAUUUUAAACUUAACAAGGACAGGAGAAGCAUUAAAAUCCAACUUGUUUAGUGAGUGACUUGAAAAAAAUAUGGAAACUACUACUACUACUACUACUACUACUACUACUACUACUCCAUCCAAUGCAAAUCUCAAUCUUUCUUUCAGAACAAACUUUUAUUUUAAAAUCAUGUAGACUAUUGAUAUAGGUAUGCAUAUUGGUGAAUAUGUAAUUUUUAAUGAACACAAUGACAUGGAUUCUGCAAUGAAGUAAAUCUUUGUUUAUACAUACCAUAGCCUUGCACCCCUGCUCAGUCUACCUCAGCCACCUAAAAAGACCACAGACAACACUAGCUGCCAUGCCAGUGGCAGUGAUGGCAUGUAGCAACCCAGGGCAGACCAUCAAGAAAUGCCACCAGUAUGACCACAACAAGAAUAGAACUGCCAUCCAAUCGCAGCAACUGCGCUAUUGUAACUUCUGUAAGAGCAGCUGUAAUGGCCCACCUUUGCAGCUGUAUUUCAGUGACAUCUGCAACAUCAGCGGUAAUGGCCCUCGGCCACUGCCUCAUUCCUGUGAUGUCUUUGAAAUUGAUUAUGAUGUUAGGGACCUCCAGCAGUUUUACAGGGAGCCCUUAGCAGAGCAGAGGUGCAACAGGGAAGAAGCAGGGCCCGUGCCCCAGCGUUGGAGAGCACCGCUCCGCUGUGAGCUCUGUGCUGUUACCUGCAGCGGGCCAGGGCCCUACAACCAGCACCUCAGGGGGGCCAAGCAUCAAAAGGCACUAAUACUGCACGGCAUAUUGGGAGACCACAGCUCCCCACAUGACCCAUCCGGGAGUGGUGAUGGAACCACCAGCAGGAGGAAGGGUGGUGGUGGUGGUGGCAGUGUUACUAUCACUGCAACUGAGGUGGCCUCAGUAAAACCGCAGCAGACAACACCAGCUGCCACUUCAGCGGCAGUGACGGCAGAUGGCAACGCAUGUCAGACAUACCUGGCUGGCAACAAGCAUGGUGUCAGCCGCCUGAGUGACUGUGGCAUUACUUACUUUACUGCCCCCAAUGCACGCACAUGCUGGGCAGACAAGCCAAAGCUGCACUGUGAGCUCUGCGCCGUGACCUUCAGCAGGCCAGCGCACUUCGAAAAGCACCUCAGGGGGGCCAAGCAUCAAAAGGCGUUAAAUAACAUCUUCGCUGACUUGAGAUACAUCAAGAAGAUAAUAGAUAUGCAGGUAGCUGUACUAAUACAAGAGGUGGGGGCGGGCUCGACAGGCAAGCGGCAGGGCGCCCCUCGGACCGCGGCAAAGAGCAAGAAAAAAAAUCCUAAAAAGAAUAAGAAGAAAAGCAAGUCAAAGAAAACCUCUGCCGAUAAGAAGAAUCAGGAGCUCUUGGAGGAUAUGGAGUUCGACAUGGAAACGGAGCUGCUUGAAAUGGAGUACAGCGAGCAGCUGGAGUAUGAGGAUGUUUUGGAGGCGGACUCCAUGAUGGCGUACGACUCCAUCAUGGAGAUGCAGGAUCGUUUUCUUCUCCAUCGUGAACACCGCAGCUACAAACACGAGAAAAAGAUCACUAGAAUGCAAUGCAUUAGUGCCCCAAAGACGCCUUUGUUUGCUAGAGAUUCAUGUUAGUUUGCCAUGACCCUUUGGUUCAAAGGAGAUAUUUUCAUUUGCCAAAGAUGCCACGUUGUUGGUAUUUCAAAGACGCCUUGGUUCAAAGGAGAUAUAUUUCCAUUUUGUUAUAAUGCCAAAGACGCUUUGUUGGAUUCCCACGUUGUUGUUGCGUCAAAGGCGCCUGCGUUCAAAUGAGAUAUUUUUAUUUUAUUAUAAUGCCAAAGACGCCACGUUGUAUUUCCACAUUGUUGCGUCAAAGGAGAUAUUUUUGUUUUCAUAUAAUGCCAAAGACGCCACGUUGCUGCGUCAAAGACGCCACGUUGUUGCGUCAAAGACGCCUGCGUUCAAAGGAGAUAUUUUUAUUUUGUUAUAAUGCCAAAGACGCCAUGUUGUGGCGUCAAAGACGCCUGCGUUCGAAGGAAUCUUUCUCACGUCGUUUCAUAUUCCAAAGCAUUCUAGUUAAUUUAUUGUUCUAAUCAUAUAACUGGAAAAAUAUAUUUUUUAUUUUCGUAGUAUGUUUAAGUACGUUAAGUAAGAAUAAAGAAUACCGCUGGAGAGAAACUAAGAUUUUAUUAAUAUGCUUUCUAGUCGCAAUGAAAAAAACUUAUUUACAAUGAUGACGAAUUUCGGGUCAUUGUACAACUUAUAUAUAGAUGUAUUUUGAUUUUUCGGUCGCGAUUUCGCUUCAGGCAUUGUUUCCUUUUGUUUCUCCUGUAUUUUGAUAUUUUUUAGCGUUUAAGAUUAGCUUUAAAUAUGAACGUCACAAAUUAUUUUUGUAAGUAGGAUUGCUUAUUAGUGUUCUCUACAUCCAUUCUGUACUGCUGGUGCUUGCUUUGAAUUGCUUUCUAUUUUGGUUUACUGUGAUUAUAAUUUUAGUAUUCAUAUAUUUUUAUUAUUUUUUGUACAACGAUGUUAGCAAUAUUUACCAUGAGAUUAUAUUUUUAGUAUUCAUAUAUUUUUAUUUUAUUUUUUUGUACAACGAUGUUAGAAAUAUUUACCAUGAAUCUAGAACCUUUUUUUAUUUUUCUUAUGCCUUGAAAUUUUUAGUCCUUUUUAGAAUCACGGAUAUAAUCCGUACUAAAGAAUGUAUAUUGUUGGUGAUUUUUCCUGUGGUUAAGUAAGCGUCAAAAAUAAUUACUUGAAUGUCUUCAAGUUCUCAAGUACCUGAAUUUUGUACCUGUAAACUUCAUAUAGUAAACAAUAUGGAUAAUUAUUAUUAUGUUUAUUACUGAUAUAACUGCUCGCUUAUGAUAUAUUUUUGAUACCGUGUAUGCCUGCUAAAAUGGACGCUUUUGUAUUAUUUUCGCCAUUUAUAGUUAUUAACUUGCCGUAUUAAAGCAUAUUUUUACACCGUC